AUGGCUUAUCUCUUGGCCUGGACAUGGGCUUUGUAUGACUCCUAUAGUGAAUGUUGUCAACCAAAAUGGCUCUCUUGCAAAAAUAAUGAAUAUCUCAAGUAUAGAGGAUGGUCUGUUGGAUAUAGCAAGGAGUUGGAAUCUGAGAGAGCAGCUAAGAAGAAAGCCGAGAAGGAACUUCGGAAAGUUCAGGAGACAUUGGAAGAGGAGCGAGGAAAGCAAAAACAAAUAAUCUUAAUGUUAGUCGAAGAGCGCAAAAGGUUGGCACUCCAGUAUGUUGAGGAGAGAAAAAGAUCUGAAGAUUUAGCUCAGAUUUUGUCAGAAGAGAAGGGCAGAAUUGAUUCAAUGGCGGAGGGCUUGGAGGAAGAAAGUAAAAAGUCACUUCAAAUGGAGGCAGAACUAGAGAAGCAGCUAGCAGACUUUGACACCGAGCGGCAACAGAUGAGGGGCCAGCUUACAAAAAAAGAGGAGAGGAUCAGUGAAUUAGAGGCAAUGCUUGAAAAGUUACAACAUGAAGUAGACCAUUAUAAGAAGCAGUUGCAAGAGGCACACAAUGUCGCCAUGUUUCAGCAAACUCUCUCUGUUUCGCCUCCUCGGAUCGGCAUUGCCACCCGCCCUUCUCCCCCUCAGCUCCCGGCUAAACCAGCUACCCUCACUCAGACUCAGCCAAGAAUGCCAGGUCUCACUCCGCCUAAGGUAGCGCCACGAGUUAGAGCGGCAUCACCAGGAGGGGCUAACCCUACCCACAUGGUACCCCCUGGUGUGGCAGCGAUGAGUAGCGUUACUAAGGCAGUGCAACUUACUGCUACAGUUAACUCUGUUCCUGUGGCUGGCCCAACUACUGGUAUCGCUCGUGGAGUCCAGCCUGGAGUUGGUGUCCGACCAGUUAUGUAUAGUGUAUCUACGUCAGAAGUUACUCGAACUGUUACUACUGCGGCUAAAAGUUAUAGCGUAAGUGAAAGUGAGGGUGGAUGGACAGGCAGUGGUGAAGGUGAGGGGACCACCAAUGCACAAAGUGGAGUAGCAGGCACUGUGGAGCGUGGAUUGGUACGGGUUACUGGGCCUGGAGAAGUUCGAGGCCAAGCUCAAGUGGUGCAAGUGACCCCACGGGUCAAUGUUUCUGCAUCACCUGGCACAAAGGUCAUCACCACAACCCAUGGGGGAAAGGUGACCUUCCAUGUCACCACAAAUGCUCCCACCUCAACAGCCACAUCUGCUUCAUCAGCAUCCAAUGGUCAGCAACAACAACAGGUCCCUCCACAAACAAUGACGGUGACCAAGAAGCCACCCCCCCCAGCCAGAUCUACUCAGCCUGGGGGACCACCACCACCUGUACCCUCAAACAAACCAUUGGCAGCACCCCCUAUACCCCCAAACAAACCAGCAGUUCCCCCAAAGAAAGACUUGGUGACACGUGUAGGGGCUGGGGGCCAAGGUGUGUCAGUAGAACCUGGAACACCAAUCAGUGUAGAGGUUAAACCACAAAAGGUUGGGCCUCAGACAGUCAAAUUUGGCAUCACAAUAUCAAAGACACCAGCCAGUGGGAGCCAGACAGUAGGCUCUGGUGGUGGUAGUAGUCAAGCAGUGGUUGGUGUGGGGCCAGGGGGAUCAGGGGGGGGCUCUGAGGCUCCCGUUGCCCCAGCAGUGGAAGGGGGAGCAGUGUCCCCAAGGAGAGACGCGGCGCAGGUUGGUGGAGGAGGUCCCCCGGUGCAUGCCACUGCCUGUGUGGACUCCCUCUCUCCUGAACUAGAGCACUUCCACCAGUUACUCAUUAGCAUGGCAGGCUCCUCAAACAUAGCAGUACCAACCUCCCCAAACCUAGCUCCCAGCCUCUCCAGUGUCCCUGAUAUACAUAAUGUUUCUUCAUCUCCAUCCCCUGUCUCUCCUUCAUCCUCCAGUAUCUCUUCCCCAGUCCGCCCUCUCUCACCACUCCUCCCACCUCUCUCUCCUCCCCCUCCUCAGACUGCAAAACAGAGUGCAGAUGAUGGAGGCCUCGUUUCACCUCCAUUGUGUACAGUAGCAUCAUCACCACAAGCUUUCAGCUUUCUAACAAGCCCUUCUUCUCAAGCAGCAGUAACAGCUUCUUCACCAUCCUCCUCCAACUCCUCUGUUUCACCACCUCCAUUACCCUCAUCAUCCCCCCCACCAUUAUUCUCGUCAUCUCCACUCAGCCCUACUUUGGGCUCCAUGUGUAUUUCGACAAACUCUUCCCCUGUGGUCAGUCUAGCUUCAAGUUUGUCCUCUACAUUAACCCCAUCUGCUUCAGUAAAGAAUAAUUAUUGUUCCUCUAUACCUGGUGUGCCACCUCCCUUACCUCUCACUGAUCCUCCUGUUCUCCUGGCCCCUAUGGAUGGCGAGGAACUGGAACCCCCCCAUUCCCCUCUCGAUGUAUCAACGCCUCUCACUAUGGAUGGGAUGACUGCCUUGCAUCUUGCGGCACAUGGAAACAACUGGCAGUCAGUGCCGGUGCUUGUGAGAUGCGGUGCCAGUGUGAGUGCCGAAGAUGAUGAUGGUCGCACACCCACCUACCUGGCUCUGCUGUAUGCCUGCACCCCAGCUGCAGCUGAACUGCUUAGCUUUCCCCAGUCUUUAGAGCACACAACAAAGGAUGGUUGCAAUUACUUGCAUGCUGCCAUAAAAUCGGGUGAAGUUGAAUGUGUGGAACUUCUGGUGCAGCACAUUCUGGCUGCAGAGGCAGGGCCUAAUCUUUUACAUAGACUAGCAACAGGACCAGACCAUCGUGGCAAUACACCACUAGCCCUAGCCUUGUCUGCCACCAACACACAGAUGUUGUCAGCCCUCAGCCAAGCAGGACUAGAUCUGGCUCCCUUGAUCAAUCAUAAUCCAAGACUUGUCAACCUGGCAUCAUCAGCUGCACUUGCCCUUAUCUCAAGUUCUGAUCGGAGCGAGUGUACUUGUUCUGUGUGGAUUGAAGGCCUUGAGUUAGAGAAGAUCGGCAGCUGUGAUACGUUCAUCAGAGCCAAUGGAGAAGAAGGCUUGGAAAGGAAUAAUUGUGAGAGUGGCCAGAGAUGGGCUGUGGGUGCAGUGCGUGUAACUCCUGCCACACUGUGGGCUGCUCUUGAGGAGACCCUGACAUCCUUGGUGCUUCAUCAUUGGGAAGCCUUGGCAAGAAGUCAAGGAGUGGGAAUUGUAUCUUCAAGCAGUACAAAGGGUCGCACUACUCCAGUUCGUGGAGAGAGAAGACGUUCUGAUCCAUUACAGGAAAUAGAAGUCAGCACCUCCUUCCUAGGGCUCAACAAGUCUGCUGUUAGUCACUUCUCAAUUGGACACCACAAGUGGACACGGGGAGAAUAUGGCCUUGUUAGUGGACCAUAUGACCUGUUGGUGAACAACAGUGCUCAGGACAUCUGUAUACACUUACAUACAUUAGAGGCUACUGCUUACUCCCUCCUUGUACCUGUUCCCAUUUUAAAGAACUACCUUCGCCUGAUUGAACAGUCUCAGUGUGUGGUGGUUUAUGGUCCAAAGGAUAGUGGCAAGCGUUCCCUUGUAAGAUGUCUAGCUCAGCUGAAGGGCGGCAGCAGUGUAGGCAUCACACAUAUUGAUAUGGGUGGAGGCAUAUCUAAUGGGGAGUCUGUAAGAGGCAUUUUAGAAAGUGGAGGGGGAUUAGUCGUCAUAGAGCGUGUAUCAAGAGAGGCAUGGCCGGGUGUAUGGGGUACUGUAUGUGGGAGUAAUAAUGGAACAGUUCUAGUUACCAUGGAUGCCUGGAGGAGGCCAGGAGGUGGGCAACUAGAGGGAGGGGUAUUGUGGGUACAGUUGCGUCAUGAUCGAGAACCUAUGGUGGCAAUGAUCUCUCGUGCUAUGACACGUCACAUGGCCUCUCUACAUGCAGGAGUCCUGCCAUCUCCUAAUUCCCAAACUCAAAAGGCUAUAGACUGGGUGGCAGGGGCAUGGGGAAGGCUUGCUGCAACUCUUAUGGCUCUAGGAUUUUCAUCAGCUCUUCACGGACCUCACCUCUUCAUACAAACUCUCCUUGGUGCCAAUAAUCCAAGAGAUAUACUGAGGGGUGUGGAACACCUGUGGAAUAAUGUGAUAAGUGCAGAAAUUCGAACUGAAGUUAUUAGUGUGUGGAGGAAGUCCAGUGUUGGAGGGGAGGUGGAUGAGGCAAGGGUAACAAGCAUGGCAUUAUAUGUUGUCAUCCAACGUAGUCUUGCUCCUGGCCUACCUCUUCCCACAACAGAGGCACACAGCUUCUUGGCAGCUCUUGAUGGUGGUCUUGGCAGGUCAGCCUUUCGAGGAAUAAAACCGCCUCUUCCACCUCCUAGACCAAAAGACUUACCCUUGGAUGUGGUAGCUGGUGGCUCCUGUAGCCCAUCAUUUGAGAGAACUGACAACUCACACCAGAUGGCACAUCCUGUAGGUUUGGCAUCACCUACAUCCCCUGAUUGGGAUGAAGCUAAUCUAACUAAAAUUUUAGGGUUAUCUCCCAUGGGAUAUGCAUGACCUGUAAAAUUACCUGACCAUCUUGAAGUGGCAAUGACAAUUCUGCUAGAUUGGAUACCAAUUAUUUAGAUUUCACUUUUUGCUUUCCUUCAUUUUCGUUAAUAUGAAGAGUACUUUCUCUAAAAUAAGUUAAUCUUAUUCUUAUAAUUUAUUUUGCCAAGCCAAGUGGCUAGAUAUUUUUAUAAUUUACCUUCAGGAAGUAUGAAUAUCAUUUUACAGUCCUGAUUAUUUUGCAAUAUAAUAAUUUAGGAAAACAUUCAGUAAUAGUCUAUAUUGAAGAAUUACCUUCUAGCUUUAUUGCUCAGCUCUGCCCUCUAUAUAGGUGCUACUUGUGAUUGAUGCCUGUGUUUAAGAGGAGCUGAGUACAGCAAAAUGAAGAAAGACUUCGUUGUGGGUGUAGAGGCAGUGGAUGAAUGUAGUUACCUAGUGUGAAUGCAUCCCCUUAUAUGUGAUACCUGGUGGUAUUCCUCAACUUUAUACUAGCCUAUUGGAACAGCUUGAUGUGAUACUUGCAUUUGUUCUUCCAGUGGUUUGAACUAUUUUUAUUUCCUAGUGCAGAGCUUUUUUAUACUGACAAGUGAUAAGCAGCCAGUUGCACGCACAGAGGAGGAUCACAGCCAAUAGCUUUAAGAUAAUGGUAAAAAAACAAAAAGUUCGCUGACCUGAUGUAUUUCCACAGGAAACAUAGAUAGAUACAUAAUUUUUUGAGAGCAUCAGAAACAGAUGAUGCAGUUACCAGCCCAGACUGGGGUUUUGUAAGCAUAGUGUGUGUGCCACUAGAUUAUAAAGCAUUAGGUCCUUCGGUCCUAAGCUAAUGCGUUUGAAGACCAAUUUAUUUAGGUCCAUCACUACUUAGACUGAAGGCCAAUUACCUCUUAUCAAUAAUAUGAUUAAU